UGGCCUGCCGGCAGCAGCCACAACCUACCAACCGCCCGGUCUUUGACGCUCGGGUCUCCUCUUUGGACAGGGGGCGGCAGCGCGAUGGACAGCCCCGAGAUGACCUUCACGCUGGCCUACCUGGUCUUCGCCGUGUGCUUUGUGUUCACUCCUAACGAAUUCCACUCGGCCGGGUUAACGGUGCAGAACCUGCUGUCGGGCUGGCUGGGCAGCGAGGACGCCGCCUUCGUGCCCUAUCACCUGCGCCGCACGGCCGCCACGCUGCUGUGCCACUCGCUGCUGCCGCUGGGUUACUACAUGGGCAUGUGCUUCGCGGCCUCAGAAAAGCACCUCUACUCCCCAACCCAGGCCCCAGAGGCCUGGCGGCUCUUCUUUCUACUGGCUUUGAUCCUUCCCUCUGUUGCGUGCGCCCUAGUCUACUACUGGUCCCAGGACCGGUGGGCCCGACACCCGCUGGCCCGCACGCUGGCCCUCUAUGCCCUCCCUCAGUCCACCUGGCAGGCAGUCGCCUCUUCCAUCAACACAGAGUUCCGGCGGAUUGACAAGUUUGCUACUGGGGCGCCGGGUGCCCGUGUGGUUGUGACAGACACGUGGGUGAUGAAGGUGACCACGUACCGUGUGCAUGUGGCCCAGCAGCAGGACGUGCACCUGACUGUGACAGAAUCUCGGCAGCAUGAGCUCUCGCCAGACUCAAAUCUGCCUGUGCAGCUCCUCACCAUACGUGUGGCCAGUGCCAGCCAUGCCGUGAAACCCUUCGAUAUCCGGCUGAACUCAACAGAGUACGGGGAGCUGUGCGAGAAGCUUCGGGCACCCAUCCGCAGUGCAGCCAAUGUGGUCAUCCGCCAGAGCCUGAGUGACCUGUUCCUGGAGACGUUUGCCUCCCUGGUAGAGGUCAACCCAGCCUACUCAGUGCCCAGCAGCCAGGAGCUUGAGGCGUGCAUUGGCUGCAUGCAGACUCGAGCCAGUGUGAAGCUGGUGAAGACCUGCCAGGAGCCAGCUGUGGGCGAGUGUCAGCAGUGCUACUGCCGCCCCAUGUGGUGUCUCACCUGCAUGGGCAAGUGGUUUGCCAGCCGCCAGGACCCCCAGCGCCCUGACACCUGGCUGUCCAGCCGUGUGCCUUGCCCCACCUGCCGUGCACGCUUCUGCAUCCUGGACGUGUGCACUGUGCGCUGAGCAUCCUGGAGACUCCGCACCUCUACCAGCUUCUUAACAGAAGUGGCCGGACCUCCUGGGUCUGCAAAGAGCACCGGUCAAAGCACACGACCUGCCCUGAGCCUACAGGACUUCUGUUUAAAAGACACUCUCACUGCAGCGCCACCCCUGGGCUGUCACCUUCCUCCCCUGGGGCAGGUGGUGCACACAAGAGCGCCGCAGGCCUGAGAUCCUGCGGUCUGCCCCAGCCGCCCUCAUCUGGCCACUGUGCCUUACCUUUGUGGAGCACCCCUGCCCCUCAGUUGUAAGCCGGACCGACAUCUGUCCCACCCCUUUUUGCAGCCCCUGUCCGGGAACGGGUCACUGCGUGCUGGGCCCUCUCCAGCCGGCAGCGGUUUGGAGGCUCGGUGGAGCCCGACAGGGGGAGUGGGAUGGGGCUGCCACCGUAGUUGAGCUUCUGGUGGCUGUGGCCACAGGGGCGGCUCUUGGUGCCGAGGGGACAGGCGAGGGCCCCACUCUCUCCUGGGGGCCGCUCGGGGUCAGGAAGGCCUUCGCUGCGCUUUUGGUGCCUUCUGCCCCAGCGUCCGGGAUGUGGGAGCGGAAGGACAUCCGGAAAGCGAGUCCCUGCUGCGCUGGCCUGGCCUGGGAAUCAGGGCCUGGCGGUGUCGGUGUGGGGGCCUCGCCGGGGCCGGGCCGAGCAGCUCGGCUCUGCGGGGUGGCGGCCGCCCGGAGGCCCAAGGGCUGGGGAGCCGGGACAGUACUCAAAUAAAGCGGCGACGUGAAGCCUCGUACUUUAUUUUGCGUUACCUGAAAUUAAAGCCACACUUGUGACUUCGCGGUGGUGCCAUCGUUGAAACGGGUGCGAGGGCGUCUCGCCGGCCCGGGCGCCCGCGGGUCCCCAGCCGGGAGCGUGCGCCGGGGACGCUCAUGGCGCCGCUGCCGCCAAACACCGCUCCAAACCGGGCGUCUCCGGCUCGGGAGGCUGAGGCGGGAGGAUCGUGAGCUCGUGGGUAGCCUGGGCUGCAUGGUGAGACCCGAAUUCUAAAUGCUCCACGGCUUGGAGCAA